AUGACUUCGCCAGCUCGAGGAUCCAGCCUGGCGCAAGCUCACCCGCUCUUUGCCGGAGAGUCACCGACCAAAUCGCCCGGGCCUGCCUCGCUGGUCAAUCGGCCCGUUUGGGGCCAGAGGAAAGCACCGCAAGUCGACUACAGUGCUGAACCCCAUGUCACGCUUCAUAGACGCUCAGCCAGCCGCACCAAUUCCUACAAUGACAGCGCUGCUCCGUCUUCGUCGUCGUCUUCCUCAGCAAAUGGCGUUCAUCGUCCUGCUCCCAUCGACGACGACGUUUUUUAUUCACGUACCGUCGUCUCUACCGCUGACGAUACUCACACAUCCACUUCCUACAUUCCACGCACCAGUCGCGUUAGCAGCUAUGAUCUUCAGUUUGACGAUGCGGACGAGACUUCCUUGCCAGAUGAUUCACUCUUUGGCGGUCCUGUGCCCUCGUCACCUCGCUUAUUCGGUCGCGAGCUCCCAGCGCACAGGACCGGCAGAUCCUCACAUCCACGUUCGUCGCAUGCCCUUUCAGCUGCGUCACCAGACCAGACACCGAUGCCCAAGCAUCACGUCGAUCGUCCGAGCUCACGUGCCAGUCGCAGGGACGGUGCCUCCUCCCCUUUAGAAGCGCGCAGACGGCGCAGCCCAACUCCUAAUGGCACCAAUACCCACAAUCGAGUUCAUGAGAUGGCGCGAGAGGUUGAGUUUCCUCUGGAUUGGCUCCAACAGCUUCAUCGACUCGGUGAUAGCGACCUUGACUCUGCCCUCUCGGGUCCUCUGCCGCAUCGUCCGCUCACCACACAGCAACCAAACGAAUCCACGCCGGUCAAGUCAUCCACCUUCUCCAGUCGUCGAGAUACCAAAGCGUCAUCGUACGCUAUUCAGCUAACAAAGGCGCUCUCGCGUGCACUGGCAGAAGCACACGUCGAGCUCGACAAGCUCCGCACAGCAACCGACCAGGAACGUUGUCAGCAUGCAGACGCGAUUGAACACUUGCAGCAGCGAAGCGAGUCACGAGAAGCUGCUCUCACCUCGCUCUGUCUGGAGAACGGCAUCAAGUCCGGCCAGAUCAAUCGUAGUCUGCUCCGAGCACCCGUUCUUGACGCUGAAGUGCUCAAACGCAAACGCAUCGCCGAGCAGCAGCAAACCAUCGCUCGAGAGAAGGCAGGCAUCGAGCCACCUGCCGAUCGAACUGAUCGAGCUCUUCCCGACUCUCUGCAAGAGGCCAUGCUCGAUGAUCUGGAUGGCGUUGUCAACACGUCAAUCGUCGCUCGCUCCCCCUCAUUAAAGCCAGCUAGCAUUCACAGCACCACGGAAACUUCGGCUCCAGACCGCAGCCCUUCGAUCCGAUCACACAAGACGGCUCCGUCAGUCGAUGCAACCCAAGCCAAACGCCAGCGAGGCAAGUCGCUUUCCAUCUCUAUUGCGUCCCUAACCGAUAAAGAUACAGAUGCUCGCAGCUUCAAGUCGUCUUCCACAUCUGUCACCGACAGCAUCAGCACGAGCCCCUCGUCUCAUCACCGCGCCACCACUAUCAAGUCAACUUCACAGCCUCCUUCUUCUCCUCAAUUGCUUCACACAGCAAAGUCGCCCAGUGCUGCAUCGACUCGAGCCAGAUCUACCUCUUCCAGCACCUCGAUAGGUGGAGGACUUGGAGACUGGGCGAGCGGAUUGCUGCCUUGGUCCGGGGGCGGUGCAUCUCGCAAAGCUGCUCCUAGCACUGCUCAAAGCAUGGUCAAGGCGACCAGCCCUGGUCGACGCGAGAUGACCCAGUCGGCUGCUGCCGUGUCUGCUCCUUCUACUGCCGCCGAUGUGGCUGACAAGCGUGCCGCGAGCGGAUCCCGGUCAAGCAAAGCAGCUUCCGCGUCCACGUUCGCCCGUGCUUUUGGCCGCUACACACGAUCCUCGCCUGCGCCCGAGACGCCGCCUCCGGCAGCUCAGCCCAAUGUUACACGUCUACCAGAUACCUACCAAUUUGAUCGCAGCGCUGACCCUUCGCACUCGCUUUCCGCGACCGAGCGCAGUGUCAUCAUGGGUGCUCCAUCACCACGCCCUCCCAGCGCUGCUGUCGAGCUGGAGCCUAUCUUGCCCAACGAGGCAACGCCUCCCACCCUGAUUCGCCGAAGGACUAAAGCUCGGAAAAGCAGAUCGGGCGUCGCCGACCUCGGCAUUUCUGCCAGCAGCAGCAACGAAGUAGAACAUCAAGUCAACAAGGGCGAGGCCCCUGCAAGCAGCACUGCAUCUGCAGCUUCCUCCGAUGCCUCGGAUUCUCCCGUCUCCGUCAAGAAGAAACGCGCGGCUCGACUCAGCACGCUCGACGAGGAAGAGAGUUCUGGCGAUGAAUUUGAAGUUUACGGAGGUAAAGCUCCCGUCCCCGGCUUCACCAACAUGACCGAUCAGGCCACGUUGGCGACUGCCACGCAGGCGACAUCGACAGCAGCUGAUUCUUCUAUCGUCCUCCGGCCCGUUGACGAAUCGGACCCAGACAGUGAUCUAGAGGAAGAGUUUGAUGUGCUCACCGACCGCUAUGGCUUCAUCUACAAUCCCACCGAUGCCGAUAUUCGCCUGCUGCGUCAAGCGCGGAAAGCUUCCGCACCAGCACCGGCCACCCUCACUGGCAUCAAGGUGGGGAUUCGUGCACGUGGAGGCACCGAUAGCCAGAGUGAGGAUGACAAAAAUGACCCGGACCUUGACACGGCCGAUUCGUCCGAAGACGAGCCUGAUUUGCCGGGUACCGUUCCCGUUGCUCCGCAAGUGGACCACGCCGACGUGCAAUUGAACCCUAUCCCUCGCUCGACUUCACCGGCCCCUUCGACGGCAGCAACGUCGGCCGUUGAAGGUUCUGUUUCGGACGACGGCGCUGUGGCCGACAGUGCCAGCACCAAAGCUAAGCGCGCCAAACGGCGCAGCAAUCUGUUGAUCGUGCCAGAUAGCAGGCCCGUGCAGGCCGAGGUGCUACCAGUCAGCGCCGUUUCGAAACCUUCGCCCUCUCCGUCUCGCGGGAGCCCUUCCAAAAGACGAUGCGGUGCGCGAUCCAAUGCAUCUUCGCGGUCUAGCAGUCCAGUCAAAGCGGAGGGUCCAGCGCAGGUUGGUCUGCCGUCCAUCUCGAAUACAGUCCGACGACUGCUUACGCAGCUCAAGGACAUGCACGACUCGCAGCAGGUUGAGCAAAAACAGCAGUGGGAUGCUUUUCUCGAGCGCAGACGCGCGCGUCUGCAGGUAUCGGCGGACGCAAACGGUGCCGGCAACGCCAUCAGCAGUAGCAACGGAAAUGCUGGUACCGGAGCUCACGGCAACGUCGCCAAAGCUUCUAUGACGAGCUCGACGUCCAAGACCAAGGCGCUCUUGGCUGGAACGCUGUUCGGUGGCGGCGCUCCUACAGAUGGAUCCAAGGUGUUUGGCUCGGCGGAGAAAGCACCCGAAGAGGACUGGUCGUCAGGCAUGGUAGGAGUCAACCGCAUGGGCGACUCAAAAAGCGGCAAGGAAGACUGGCGCGAAUUUCUGUCGUUAUGCCAAUCCGGCAUCCCGCUCUGCUACCGUGCUCGCAUCUGGGCCGAGUGCAGUGGCGCUAACGAUGUUGCCGAACCCGGACGCUACCAAGAGCUGCUUUCGGAUCAUCAAGGUGAGACCAAUGACUGUCUCACACAGAUCGAUCUCGACGUUCAUCGGACGAUGCCCACCAACGUGUACUUUGGCGGUGAUGGGCAGGGAGUACCCAAACUACGUCGCUUGCUGGUCGCGUUCAGCUGGUACAAUCCCAGCACGGGCUACUGCCAAGGUAUGAACAAUCUGGCUGCCACGCUUCUGCUCACACAUGCGACCGAAGAGGAAGCAUUCUGGGUGCUCGUCUGUCUGAUCGAAAAGAUCCUGCCUAGCGAAUACUACACUUCGCAUCUUCUGGUAUCGCAAGCUGACCAGCGAGUGCUGAUCGAGCUCGUUUCAGAGCACAUGCCAGCGCUCCACGCGCACAUGGCACAAUUGGGCGUCGAUCUGCCCGCUAUAACGUUCGCCUGGUUCCUGUCCUUGUAUACCGACUGUCUUCCGGUCGAAACACUCUUCCGCGUAUGGGACGUCAUGUUCGUCGAAGGUAUGGUCAUCCUCUUCCGCGUAGCUAUGGCCAUUCUCAAGCUCUACGAAAAGCAACUCUUGGCCACCACCAGCGCCAGCUCGUUCUACGGUCUAGCACACAGUCUCACCAGCCGGCUCUUCUGUGUAGACAAACUGAUCAACUUGGCAUGUACCGAGUUGAAGGCAAGCAUCCGGUACGCCAACAUCCUCCAGAAGAGGGAGAGGCACGUGGCCGAUCUGACCGUCGAGUUGGGGCUAGCAGGCGUAGAUCAGGCAGACGAUGCAUAA